CUUGUGAUCAUGUCAAGAAACUCAGGGACUGGCAAUGCAUGACAUGCAUAUGUAUAUAAAUGAUUUACGCAUUAUCAGUUACGAAAUGAGUGUUAUGCAUUUAUCAUACCAGCUGUAGUAUCUCUUGUACACUUUGGUUAGAAUUUUUAGCUUCACUGGAAAAAUUGUCGUGAAAAUUUCCGGUAGUUAUGUGAUUGGCAGCAGUUCCAUUUCACCAUAUGUGUGCCAUAUUGGAAUCAGCUCGGUGGUGAUAUGCCUAGAAUGUUGUCAACAGAAAUAGUUCCAAUUUACAAAGAACAUGUCUGUACAAUUUCCAUGUUGCCCAACAAGGGAAAAUGGUACCAUUUGCUGGCUGGGAGAUGCCAGUGCAAUACAAGGACACAAUAUCCGAGUCUCAUCUGCAUGUGAGGGAAAAUGUUGGCAUAUUUGAUGUCUCCCACAUGCUGCAAACUAAAGUUGAGGGCAAAGAUCGUAUCGAGUACAUGGAAUCUCUUGUUCCUGCUGAUGUUCAAGGUUUGAAGGACAACAAUGGGACACUGUCAGUAUUUCUAAAUGAAACGGGUGGAAUUUUGGAUGACUUGAUUGUCACAAAGACUACAGAAGAUUAUUUGUAUGUUGUGUCAAAUGCGGGAUGCAUUGAGAAGGAUUUCUCCAACAUGCAGAACAGGGCAGAAGAAUGUAGAAAGAAAGGGCUUGAUGUCAAAGUUGAGAAAAUUAAAAAGGCCUUAGUUGCUGUUCAAGGCCCCAAAAUGAUAAAGGUUCUGCAACCAGGUAUUAACUUUGACCUUGGCCAGCUGACCUUCAUGACUUCAGCCUUGACUUCUAUAUUUGGUAUUCCUGACUGUCGAAUCACAAGGUGUGGUUACACUGGCGAGGAUGGUGUAGAGAUAUCUGUGACCGAGGAUCGUGUUGAGGAGCUGCUGAAGCUACUCCUCUCCUCAUCCCAAGCUGAGGUCCGUAUGGCUGGCCUUGGAGCUAGAGACAGCCUGAGGCUAGAGGCCGGCCUCUGUCUCUACGGCAACGACAUAACUGAGGACACUACUCCAGUAGAGGCUAACUUAAACUGGGUUAUUGCCAAACGUCGACGUGAGACUGGGGGAUUCCCCGGUGGUGAUGUCAUUCUCAACCAGUUGAAGCUCAAGUCUAAGGGAAUCUCCCACAAGAGAGUUGGGUUUAUCUCCUCAGGACCACCUGCUAGAGCUGGUGCUGUCAUUUUGGAUGCAGAGGGACAAAAGACAAUUGGUCAUGUGACCAGUGGUUGUCCUUCACCUUCACUGAAGACAAACAUCUCCAUGGGCUAUGUAGAAACACCUUAUUCAAAGACAGGGACAGCUAUCAAGUUCAAGGUCAGACAGAAAGCUGUUGACGGGGAGGUGGUGAAGAUGCCGUUUGUGCCAACAAAAUAUUUCACGGGAAAGUAACUGAGAAGAUGACAGCUUUAUCAAAUUUGAUUCAGAUGUGAUUAAUUAAUUCAGACAAUUAACACCAUUAUUGGUUUGUAUGCAACUUGUUCCUCCGGGACCUUCAUGAAUACGUUUGAACUCGAGUCCAAUUAGCUGAAAAUAGCACAGGGUAUUCAGCUUACAUCAUAACUAUAGUAAUAUUUUUGCUUGACAUGUGAAUAUGUGCAUGUUCAAUGCAGGUGUCUGCUCUACACAUUGUUUGAAUUAAUGGCAAUGGUAGGGUUAGGAAUAGGGAUCAUUUGACCUCCCAUCAGCUAUGAAUGGCCUUAUUUCUCUACCUUACCCAUUAUCGACAUAACUGCCACAUCACAUAUCUGCUGUUUGUAAUAGGGGUGAUGGAGGAACAUAGUGUAUGGGAACCUGUGAAGAACUGGUUGAUUUAUGCUACACAAUGUUCAAUGUUUUGUACAAUAUGGAUCAUUGUCAACUUGUGCCUUGUAUAACUUAGGGAUUCGAUGAAAAGUCCUACAAAUUCCUACAAUGAGAUGAGGUGAUGGUGACAGAGCUAUGAAGAAUUACACUUAUGCAUGCUUUUAUGAUGCUGCUUCUGUGGCUCUGAUAGUUAUGAUUACGUGAUCUUAACCAAUAACGGUUCUAAUCUCAAUUUUGCCAUGUUUUUGUUGCAUGUAUUGUUUGUACAUGCAGUCAGAAUGUAUCUGUCAUUUUGUGUUAUAAUCAGAGCUACCUCACUUAACUUCCCACUGUUCUAGGCACUUUCAAUGAGGGAAUGGUUGGCAUGUUAGAUUCAUCUCCCUGAGGCAAGAGAAUUAAAGGACUCUAAGGUUUCCAUCCUAGGACAUGUUUGGUCCUGCCAAAUUGCAACUGCAGGGUUGUUGCCUAGUUCAGCAACAUCGACACAAGACUUAAAUUGUCAAGGAAAGGGACAGAACAUCGGCCGUUCAGGAACAUGUUUUGGAAACAAUAGCUGAUAACCCUUAAGCUUACUUCACUGGCCUCACAUCAUUUUGCAAGACAUGCUCUGGAAACCAUCACAUAACUAGAAUAUCUUCUCCAAAA